UACUUACCAAGCUAGCCCGCCAAAAGCUUACAACGCUAGUGCGCAGGCGCGGUUCAAUCGAUCAGUGACGGUAAUCUAUCAUUCGUACGUCGUCGUUUGUUACUUCGGAGACGGCAGGCAUUACCAAAGACGAGAAAGAUGAUGCAGACAGCUGCUGAAGGACUCCCCAUGUUCAGUCAAGAGACCCCUGAUGCGACUUUAUCAGAAAUAAACACUGCACCAGCGGUGGCUUUCAGUCUGAACCAGAACAGCAUGGUGUGUCUCCCCGUGGUCUCUGACAGUACGAAGGUUAUAUGGAUCAACUUUGACCAGACGAGCCUACAGCUAGACAGUGCAACAGAGCUGCAGCUGGACAAGGCCUUUGAUAGCUUCCCAUACCUGACACAGAAUCAAACGGCUGCACUGGCUCAGCGUUGCUCUCUGCACCCAGACCAGGUGAAGGUUUGGUUUAUGGUACAGCGGCUCCGCUACGGCAUCAGCUGGGAUUAUAAAGACAUCAGGGAUGUUCGGAAGAAGAUCAAGCCCAGUUGGGGAAAGAAGGAGCUGAAAAAGGAUAAAGGAGGGAAGAAGAGGUCUGGUAGGAAGAAGGGGGAAAAGGUUAGGGAAGAACAGAGUGCAAAAGAGGGAAGCACUAUGGGAGAAAAUAUGACAGCAAAUAAGCAGGAGAAACCGAUGAAGAAAGAGAACGACAGCAAAGUAGGAGAACUAGAGGAAGACAAAAGGAGAAAGAAGAAAAGGACGACAGUGACAGAGAGAGAGAGGGUGGAGAGAGCAGGACAAACAGAAAUAAGAUGUGAUGAAGUUAAAGGAGAGUCCACAAAAUCCCCUCAGUCGGAGACAACGCCUUUCUCCAGAAAGAAAAAGAAGGCAAAAGCAAGCAAAGGAUUACUGUCCGUCCAAGAGUGGCCUGCUCACAAGAGCCUUGUGGUGCCUGAUCAGGCGUGGGAUGCUCCUCCACCCAGCAGCCAAGCCGCUGAUGUGCCUCAAGUCACUGACAUCCAGACCCCAAAUAUGGAAAAUGGCUUGAAGGAGAAAGCAGAAUUGGAGCUUAAGCUGGAGGGUGAAGCACAGUUGGCAGACCACAGUGGUGUCCAAGUGAAGGAGCUCGCGAAGAUGACCACUCCUGUCGUUGCAGACCGUCACCUUCGGAUCAACUGGAAGACACGGGAGCAGCUGGUGAUGAUGAAGGAGGCUUUCUCGCGCUGCCAGUACCCAGACAGUAAGGACUAUGACCAGCUGUCUGUGCUGACCGGCGUCCCCCGCCACACGUUGGUACAGUGGUACGGCGACAUGCGCUAUUACAUCAAGGAACGAAAGCCGGGCUGGAUGACUGAGGAGCAGCACAGCCAGGCGCUGGCCAACAUCAUGUACCGGCAGUACCUGAACAUGCUGGCAAAGAUGGACAGCGGUGAACAAAACAUGCCGAAGUUUGAGCUUGACGAGGGUGAAAACUGUGGCGAGGAUGAAAAUGUGCCGCUGCCUCCAGAGUAGAGGUACCCUCCAUCUUCAUGCCCCAAUGAAGAUGGACCAGAAAGAAGAAGCAGUGUUGUGCGUUUUGUGUUAUUUAGGGUCAAAAAGUUUGUUUUGCAGUUGAACUUUCAGACAGCUUUUACACGUGUGUCUUGAUAAAAAGUUAACUACAUUCUUGUGAAUUUACCUCAUCUUUGUUGUUACGUUAGUUUUGUGGUUGAAAGCAUGAACAUCUGGGCUGAUGUUUAAAAUAACUUAGAAGAACGCCGGUGUUAUUUUUCGCUGUUAUAUAUUUUCC